AUGACAAUUCCAUAUAAAAUUUCAUAUUUUUUAAUAUUUUUUACGAUACCACUUAUGGGAUCAUUCCUAUUAUUAUUUAUAAGAUUUCUAUUCCUAGAAAAUAAACAUCAUAUAAGGAAUUUUAAUUAUAAUGGUGAUAAUAAUAAUAACAAUCGAAAUAAGAAAUUAAAAAAGUAUUUCAUAUUAUCAUUAUUUUUAUAUACAUCAGCUAUAAUUGGAUUCAUUUUCACUUUAUCAUCAUUUUCAAGUUGGAAUUAUUUACCUAUAGAAUUAACAACUAUUACUUCAAUAAUAAUAUUAUUAUUUUUUACAUUUUAUCAAUUAAUAAUUCAAUUUGAAGUUGAAAGAAAGAAACGAAUUUUUAAAGUUAGAAAAAAUAAAAAUAAAAAAUAUUUCAUUCAAAGCCCACCAAAUUUUAAUAAUGGUAUAAUUUUAAAUAAUAAUAAUAAUAAUAAUUAUGAAGAUGAUAAAUCAAAUAUUAAAGAAAAUAUAUUAUUAGAAUCAUUAAAUAGUAAACAAGAUGGAGUAGUAAUAGCAGCAGCAGAAGAAGAAUAUUAUGAACAAGAGGAAGAAGAAGAAGAAGAAUAUAAUGAAAAUAAAUCAUUUUAUAAUUAUAGUAAUCAAAUUGAUACAAAAUUAGGAAUUUUAGAUAGAUUUAAAAAGAAGAUAAUUUAUUUUAUAAAGGAUAUUAUAGAGACUAUUAAAUUUAAACCAAAAUUAUCAAUAACUUUAAUAUUGAUAUCACUUUUAAUUUCAAUAAUGAUACCAGUACUUUUGAAUGAUGUUUGUAUUUGUUCACAUCCAAUGAAUGUUUCAACAUCAUUCACUAGAAAACUAUUUCAAGAAUCUUAUUGUAAAAAUGGUGAAAUCUGUUUCCUUUAUUUAACAUUACCCAAAGAUGCAUCAACAUCAAUGGUUUUACAAAUUCAUACAUUUAAUAAACCAUCAAAUAUUAUAAUUACAAUAACAAAGAAUACUAAUACUACUGGUGGUGGUGGUGGUGGUGGUGGUGGUAGUGGUGAAGAUAUUAUAUCAAUUUCAAAAUUUAAUUUCAUAUCAAUGUCAAAAAUAAUUAAUGAUUAUCCAAGAUAUAUAAGUUAUAUUGAUUUAAUUGGAUUAAAAGAGAAUACAAAUUAUAGUUUUAAAGUUAAUUUCACAAGUAAAGAAAUUCAAAAAACUUUAAAUACUUAUGAUGGUGUAAAUCUAUUUCAAUUUAAAACAUUUUCAAAUCAAUCAGAUUCAAUCAUUAAAUUUGUAUCUGGUGGUGAUAUAGUAAUAAAUAAAGAUUCAAAAGAUUUAGCAAAACAUGCAUCAAUUAAUUUUAAUCCUGAUUUCAUUGUUGUUGGUGGUGAUGUGGUUUAUGAAGAUGGUAUAGGUUCAUGUUAUAAAAGAUGGGAUGAAAAAUUAUCAUUUUUCAAUACUUAUUUUAAUUUAAAAAUUAGUAAUAAUAAUAGUAGUAGUAGUAGUAGUUUAUUUUUAAAACCAAUAUUAUUAUCAAUUGGUAAUCAUGAGGCUGGUGCAUUUUAUCAAACUCAUAAACAAGUACCAUUUUAUUUUAAAUAUUUCUUAUUUGAAUUGGAUGGAUUUAAAGAUGGAAUUGAUGAAAAUAAAAACUCUUAUCAUAUUCAUAAAAUUGCAUCACAUACAUCAAUAACUUCAUUGGAUAGUUGUGUAGUAUCGACAUGGGAUCAACAAGCUCAAUGGUUACAUAAUCAAUGGAGUAAUGAGGAAUUCAAUAAUACAAAUAAAUUAGUAGUUUAUCAUCAUCCAAUUUAUCCUGCUUGGAAUUUGGAUGGUUUAAUACCAGAGUCUGGUAGAGAUGUAAUGAUACCAUUAUUCGAUAAAUUUAAAGUACCUUUUGUUUUUGAAAAUCAUGAGCACCUUUUUAGACGUACAAAGAAAUUAAAAGGAAAUAAAAUAAUAGAGAAUAAUUCUACAACAACAACGACAACAUUAUCUCAAGGUACUUAUUAUGCUGGUUCAGGAAGUUUUGGUAUUUCAAAUACAAAUAUAAUUCCAUCCAAUAAUGAUGAGUCAUUACCUUGGUAUUUAGCUAAAAGAUCUUAUUGUAAUCAUCUUUGGUAUAUAACUGCAACUCAAAAAGAAAUUCUCGUUGAGGCAUUUGCACCAAAUGGUGAUAAAAUUGAUAAAAUUAAUUAUAUUCAAAAUUAA